UCUCAGACAAAUGGAGCUGUUAAACUGAUACCAGCAGCAAUGCCAAAACACACAAACAAAAAACUGACCUGCUGCCAACAGAAAUGCCAAAAAAAAAGAAAUGAUUGUGGUAUUUGUUUCCCAUCUGCAGCUGAUUGUCCUUGCAGUACAUAUAGGACAUUGCAGAAAAUACACGGAUCAACGUGAGGAGCUACAACGUGGAAACAGUACUAACAGGUAGCAGUGCUGUUUCCUACAACCCAUGGCUCUUACAAUUGUACAGUCUCUGUGUGAAAAUGAACAUUUUCAAUGAGAUCUGCACUGAGAAUGAACUGCUGACAUUACUUAUUUAGGGUCAAAGACUGAAAAUAGGAAAUGAGAAAAGUAAUGCGCAUUUGAUUUUAGACAUACAAAUAGCUGAUAGUGUAGUGUUGCACUUGGGUAAUUUGCAUUCCUUACUUGUGCACAAUCGGAGCACCUGGACAUGACUUGUGCCCGUUUGUCCUACCAGCAGGUAUUGAGACAUUCUCCUGGUAAUGACAGCCGCAAAUGUUUGACGUCACUGGCUUUGCCGGCUUGCAUUGUGAGCUCACUUUUCGUCACAGUUCCGGUGCUCUGUGAUGUCAGCCUAAUAAAGAAUGUGAAGUUUAAAGCUUUACAAACUGAAACUGGUUCUUGUUGGAUACACAUGGAGCGCGGUCUUAGAAACGUUACAGAAAACCCAUACCUGAAUGAGGAUGAACUACACAAGAAGUACUACCUAACGAGAGUGACUUCCAUGCCAACAUCCCUACCAGAAAUGAAAACAGUAGCACUGCAAACAUCAGUAGGUGUGGAAAGUCCACUGGCUUCCACUGUGGCUACAGUCUCUAUCCAGUUUCCUUCUGUACAUGGUGGUAUAGUUUCUGAUGAUUAUAGUUCAACACCAAGGCCCAGUGAGGUUACAGCAGCUAGCCAAUUCCUUUCAGUUCACCACCUUUCUCUGCAUUCAGUUCAUGCAACAAAUCCAUCUCUGCCUUCUGAGGAAAAUGUAAAACAAGCAAUAUUAGAUUCUGUACUACUUCGGAAAACUGAAAGUUCCACAUUAGUACUGAAGACAACAAAGGAAGAAACGGAGGUAAAUAAGCUUCAAGAAUCGUUAGGCACCUAUGAAGUUCCACUUGAAGAAACUGUAACCAAAGCUGAACAAGAUCUUUCAAGGCCUUCAGUAGCAGAGCCAGUAGCCACUGCAGUGGUACCUUCACUUUCUUACAAUGUUCAGGAGACUGAAUUAGACAUCACUCCUAACAAAACAGAAGUUCCACUUGUUGAGGCAGUUUCUGAAGCUAGACACGAACAACAGAAAUUUUCUGUAGAACAUGUUUCUGCUUCCAUAGUAAAGUCUGUACUGGACACUGUAUUAUCUCAGGAAACUAAACAUUCUGAAGUAUUACUUCUAAAUGCAGAACCAGAAGCAGAACUGACCACAGGGGUUCACUCCCAAUCACCAUCAACCACUUAUGAAAUACCUCUCCCUGUACCUUCUGUGAGAGCUGUAGACCACGAAACAUCUGACAAGUCAGACCAAGUGCCACAGCCAGAUGAGACUGAAGAGUAUCUAUCUAAAUACACUGUAGAAGAACAGGAUGAACAGAACAACUUUUCUAAAGAAUCUGCUUCUCCUGAAGCAAAGCUUGUCCAUCACCACUUUGUAAGUGAUACGAGUGGUCAUAUUUCACCUGUGCCAAGGAAUCAAACCCUGUAUCAUCAAGUAGAAGUGACUGUGGAUGUUGAAUACUUAACUAAGUCACAAGUUUCAGCUGCCACACAACAUGCCAAAGAAUCAAGAAAACUCAGACAAGUGUCACAACCUCUUUAUUGUGACUAUGAAGAUGUCAGUGCAGAGGUAACACUACUUCCAAAUACUACACAGUCACAACCUGGCCUAGCAAGAAAGUUCAAUCUACCCUCAGUCAGUGUUUACCAGGAAAUGCCUUCUGAGGAAUGUGGCAGCCAGAGCACGUUUUCUGCACCACGUCACAUAUUACAAGACUGUGAACCAAAAGAUAUAACUACUCAGAAACAAGAAUCUUCUUCAGCAAUCCACAGUCAUGCUGGCACUUCUCAAGACCAAACUACUGUGAAAACAUCGUACUCACCUAGGCCUCAUACUGGUUCUCGAAGAAAACACAGAAGUUGCAUGAGUAACUGCCAUCAUGUCGAGGAUUCUCCAGUAACACACAGCAGCCAGGUGACUAGCUGCUGUCACGUACAGGAUGUGGGCAAAGAAUGCCAUCAUUCUUUCAUUUCUACAACUAUUGUAGUAAAUCCCAAAUCUCCAGUACAACAAAUGCCAGCUCUCCAUAACAGUGAUGGUUUUUCUUCUCAAGAAAGUGCUGAAGAAACACCAAUUAACAUUAGAGUACCAUUGGAGGAGGAGGAGAAUUAGAAGCUCAGAAAUGAAGGCGGCCCAAAUUCUCUGCAGGGUCAGAGGAAUAAAGUCAUGCAGCAAAGAAGAUUUUCAUUGCUUCAUUUCAUCUCUGGCAAAGGACCUGCUUAUGCUUCACAAUAGCCUCUUUUCUGAGUGAACAUAACAUUUUAACACAAACACUGCAUGCUACAAAUAAAGAGUUGACCUGUAUUAUGA